CGGGGCGAUCCCGCGUGCAGCGCCCUGGGAUGCCGCCAGGCGCCCGGAUGCCAAUGACAGGGCUGCAGGUGGGGCCGCCUUCAGGACCGCCGUAUGGAGCAGCCAGUCCCAUGAGACCAGGCCUGCCGCAGUCGAUGAUGGACCCCUUCCGGAAACGCCUGCUUGCGCCACAGUCGCAGCCACCACUGGCGAGCCAGAGGCGAGGGGUGAAAAGGAGGAAGAUGGCUGACAAAGUCUUACCACAGAGGAUCCGGGAGCUUGUCCCAGAAUCUCAGGCCUACAUGGACCUCCUUGCCUUUGAGCGCAAGCUGGACCAGACCAUUGCCAGAAAAAGGAUGGAAAUCCAGGAAGCCAUCAAAAAGCCCCUGACGCAAAAGCGGAAGCUGCGUAUUUACAUCUCCAACACCUUCAGCCCGGCCAAGGAGGAGGGGGAUGGCGGGGAGCGUGUAGCCUCCUGGGAACUGCGUGUGGAAGGCAAACUCCUGGAGGAUCCAAGCAAGCAGAAGAGAAAGUUUUCCUCCUUUUUCAAGAGCCUUGUCAUUGAGCUGGACAAGGAACUCUAUGGACCAGACAACCAUCUGGUGGAGUGGCACAGGAUGCCCACAACCCAGGAGACUGAUGGCUUCCAGGUCAAGCGCCCUGGUGAUGUCAAUGUGAAAUGCACCCUGCUGCUUAUGCUGGACCACCAGCCACCGCAGUACAAACUGGACCCUCGCCUGGCUCGCCUGCUGGGCGUGCACACCCAGACCCGGGCCAACAUCAUGCAGGCGCUGUGGCUCUACAUCAAACACAACAAGCUGCAGGACAGUCAUGAGAAGGAGUACAUCAACUGCAACCGCUACUUCCGCCAGAUCUUCAACUGCAUCCGCAUGCGAUUCUCCGAGAUCCCCAUGAAGCUGGCAGGGCUGCUGCAACAUCCCGAUCCCAUCAUCAUCAACCACACCAUCAGUGUGGAUCCGAAUGACCAGAAGAAGACUGCCUGCUAUGACAUAGAUGUUGAGGUCGAUGACCCUCUGAAAGCCCAGAUGAGCAACUUCCUGGCCUCCACCACCAACCAGCAGGAAAUUGCCUCCUUGGAUGCCAAGAUCCACGAGACCAUUGAAUCCAUCAACCAGCUGAAGACGCAGCGAGAUUUCAUGCUGAGCUUCAGCAACAACCCGCAGGACUUCAUUCAGGAAUGGAUCAAAUCCCAGAGGAGGGAUCUCAAGAUCAUUACGGAUGUGAUUGGGAACCCGGAGGAGGAGAGACGAGCAGAGUUCUACCAGCAGCCCUGGGCACAAGAAGCUGUGGGCCGGCACAUCUUUGCCAAGGUGCAGCAGCGUAGACAGGAACUGGAACAAGUGCUGGGGAUUCGUCUCACCUAGUGGGCUGGCUGUGGCUCAGGGACUCUCCUCUUCCCCUCUCUUCCAACACCUGAGCCUUACGGUACUUCUUACUGGAAUCAAAUACAGCACUUGCACAAAGCCUGUGACUGGGGGCUGAGCCACUAGCACCCUGAGAGGCUCUCCAGCACCACAGGGCCCCAUCUUGGGCAGGAAGCUGUAGCCAAAGGCAGAAAGGGGUGUGUUUGGGUCCUGUGGGACCCAGGCAGGCUCUGCCUUGUUUCUUGUAGCCAUUCUUUAUUUCAGCCUCUCUUGCGUUGAUAUUGCUAACUUUCUGCGGUGUGCUGUUUGCUCCUCCCCCCAGUGUUCAGUGCAGUCUUCUGUCCAAACAACAUUGCAGGCUCACUCCCUUCCCCAGGGAAGGAGGCUUGGAGCUCUUCCAGCUUGGGUCAGAGCCCUGGCGGAGCUGUUGAAUGGUGGGUACGAGCUGUCCUGGCUGUGGGUCUCUAGUGACUAGUUCCAAACACUCUGGCUACAGAGCUUGCUCUGUGCAACACUGCUGCCAGCAGCCCAGCCUGCUCUGGCACUAGCUGGGAGAGGGCACCGUUUGCUUUCUGCAAUGCCCUCCCCUGGGUCCCUGUCCCAGCUGCUCCCAUGUUCUGCGGAGGCACGAGCCUGCCUGUCAUUUCUCAACCAAAGUUUUGUCCAUUCCAAAAGGCCGGCCUGUCCGGCCCCCAUGGUUUUGCACUAUUUUUGUGAACAGGUUUUAUAAAAAGGAAGCCUUUUGUACAGCGGGUUUGUAUUUGAUUAAUAUAUUAGAGUUCCUCUCUAGUACUGCACUCAAAUGGAGAUCUAUGCAGUGGGAUCCCUUGUGUUCUUGGGAAGGGUUUGCUCAGGCCCCUUGUAGAUGCCUUUUUGUAGGUAACUGAGCUUUUGGCCUGAGUCUUUGACAAUCAGUUGCAUUAUUUCCCCCUCUUGCUGU